UCAUUCCUCUCCAGCUGGUUCAUUGUGACUCUGGAACCAUAGUGAUGUCAUAGAAAGUGACACAAAAGGCUGGCGGGGAGGGGAAAUACAGUAAAACUCACUCAGUUUCUUGUGAAGUUGGGUACUUUUGGUAUUAACCAUGGAUCCCUCAUUUCACAUAUUUUUAUAUUUUCUAAUAUGUCUAGGAGCAGUUGCUAAAGCAAUUCCAUUAAGGAAUUCAGCAUUAAAGGAAACUAAGGAUACCCAGAAGCUAAAACAAAGCUUGAAGAUCUUGCGGGAUUAUUUGGAUGAGCUUGGCAUCAAACAACCCCCAGAGACACAAACCGAGUACCCCAUUUUAAAGGUGAAUGAACUUGGAAUCGAACAAUCGCUAGGGAUGCGAACCGAGUACCCCAGUUUAAAAGUGUCAGUGAACUUGUUUGGUGUUGACCAAUCCCAAAAGAUACAAAGCACAGAUAACCCUUCGGAAGAUAUAUUUGGCCCUCAUUAUCCUACAGUGGAUACAGAUGAGCCGCCCAUGGACCUUCCAAUAGAAGGAUUGCGGGAUGAUCAAGAUAUUCCUCGAAACUUGUUUUUCCAACCAAUACCACUUUCAGACAGACUAGAUCAGAUUGAAAGAAGUGGCCAAGGACAUCGGAAAAAAGGAAUUGAGGAAAAGAUACUACUUCCCAUCUCUGUUAUUACAUUACUGGCUUCAUUAAUUCUUCUUGGGUGUUCUGCCUUUGGAAUCUAUGAAUGUACCAAAGAAAAGAGAGACCAGCGUCCAGGUCAGACCAGAUGUACACAAACAGAGGAUCUCGACAUAACAACCUUCAAUGCUAUGGUGAACAUUGCGGAUGAAGUGUCAUCAUAUUCAGAUGAAUCUGAAGGCUCGCAAGAAAACAGACCACACCAUUAGUCUAAAAAAGCAGCUUAAACCUAGUUAAAAGAAGUAACAAACAGUGAAAGCAGUACAUAUCUAUAUAGCUACAUAACUAUAAUUUUGUUUUAAAUUUAAAGAAUUUCAAUAGUUUUUAUUAUUCUUUUAUAUGUAAUGUAAAAUAAUAGAGCUCUAUUUAAAUAAUGAUGUAAUUCAACUUUUAAGCAAUUGUAAUUCUAAUAAAGGUGUAUGAUUUUUAUUC